ACUUACUUUACUGUCAAGUGAAAAAUCAUCUCGCUGCAAUGGCAAGAACCAAGCAGACCGCCCGUAAAUCCACCGGAGGUAAGGCCCCUAGGAAGCAGCUCGCAACCAAAGCUGCUCGUAAAAGCGCACCAGCUACCGGUGGCGUCAAAAAGCCUCACCGCUACAGGCCCGGAACCGUGGCUCUGAGAGAGAUCCGCCGUUAUCAGAAGUCAACUGAGCUGCUGAUCCGCAAACUUCCCUUCCAGCGUCUGGUGAGAGAAAUUGCUCAAGACUUCAAGACUGAUCUGCGUUUCCAGAGCUCCGCUGUCAUGGCCCUGCAGGAGUCCAGCGAGGCUUAUCUGGUGGGUCUGUUUGAGGACACAAACCUGUGUGCCAUCCACGCCAAGAGGGUCACCAUCAUGCCCAAAGACAUCCAGCUGGCCCGCCGCAUCCGCGGAGAGCGCGCUUAAACCCACUUGUGACGCAACAAAA